CUAAAUCAUUGUGAAUUCGGGUUGGUAUGCGUCUGUGUCUCGAUAGAUGUUUUGUGCUGAUUGACUGUGGAAAAAGUUACCGAACACUAAUGGUUCACUUCAGUUCAUGAACAAAAUCAAAACCACCAUGCCAUCUGGAAAGAGACGCAAAAAUAAAAACUCUAAUGCAGCAGAUGUCACAACAACAACCCCCCCGCCAGCCUCUACCUACCAACAAGUCAGAGCCACCAGCAACACACCGAACUCUGACAACCCAACGCCACCUAGAGCAAGCCAUUCCCGCGCCAGAAGGAUAAACAAUGCAUUCCAACCUCAGUACUACCCCCACUGGAUUUUCAUCGGCCUGGUUGCUGUUCUGACGAUCGCCGGUUUAAAGCAUGGGGAUGUACAAGUGUUCUAUGAGUAUGUCAAGAUGAUACAUCCUUUGCAGUUUCAGCAUUCUUGGUCCAGUGGGUGGUAUUUUGAUGAUGUCAUCGAGCGACGGAGUAAUCUAAGUCUGGAAGAGUUCCGACAACUGUAUGAUGGUAAAAGACCUGUAAUCAUACAAGAUGUCCUUCAGAGCUGGGGAGCCAUGGGCUGGGACAAGAAUUUCUUCGCAUCUCGCUACCCCAACGAGCGAGUCGCUAUGAAAGCUGUGGAGGGCAGAUUGGACCAGGCAGAGAGUUAUUCUAUUCCCCUCAAAACUUUUAUUGAACAUCUUAAAGAAAGAAAUCCUCGCAGCUGGACCUACGUCGAAGAUGAACUUUUUAUUCCGCAAAGACCUGACCUCCAGAAUGAUAUCGGUUCUUCGAUUUACUUAGAAGAGGACUUCUUUAAGUUGUUCCCCAAGGAGAUUCAACCAUGGAAUGCCAUGUUUCUUUGGGGAACCCGAUACUCGCGGUCAAGCCUUCAUAUUGAUCCAUAUAAUUGGACCGGGACCAACGCCGUGUUCAAAGGGCUGAAGAAAUGGAAGCUCUACCCACCCGGCCAAGAUGACUUCCUGUACGUCUUACCCAACCGCCUCUCUGGUUUUCCACUGAAAAGUUUUAAAUACAACAGCCCCAUAGAUGCCUUUGAUCCGGAUAUCCAGACCUACCCAAUGUUUGCCCAAGCGAGGGCGAUCACCUUCACCCAGCACCCGGGGGAGCUCCUCAUAAUACCAACCGGGUGGUUCCACCAAGCGUACAACGACAUGGAAACAAUAGCAGUCAGCAGCCAAGUUAUGAACACAGCUAACUAUAGGAAUGUGCUGGAGGAGAUUCUGAAGGCAGGGAGUGUGACAAAAGAAAUGUUGCCUGAAGACUUUGAGAUCCUGACCCCAAAAGAGCAGGUGAUGGCGGCAACUUCUCUGAUACCCCAAGAAGUUCUGGACAAAGGACGUCAAGUAACUGAAGAUGCCAUUAGGCAAAUCAACAGCAGUCCUCAUGAACACACUUAGCUCAUUAGCAUAACAUCAUGAAUGAGUCUUAAAGGCAGUGGACACUAUUGGUAAUUACUCAAAAUAUUUAUCAGCAUAAAACCUUACUUGGUUACGAGUA